AUGAGUGAAGAGAAGAAAGUGUUUACAGAAGAAGAAAUUUCAAUGAUAGAAAAGAUUGAAAUAAAUGGAAAGAAUCCAAACUUAACAAACCAAAACGAAAUAGAAAUAAUAAUAAAUAAAUGUUUAAAUGAAGGAGAUAAAUAUUUAAGUGUAGUAAAUAAAUUAUUAUCAGACUCUGAAAUUUUAAGUCAUUAUAGAGAAAAUGAGAAUGGAAUGAAAUUAGUAAUGAAUAUGGUUAUUAAAUCCAUUAAUGAUUUUAUGAAAUUUAAUGGAAAAGAAAAUAUAAAUAAUAUUAAGAAUAAAUUAAGUAUUAGUUGGAUUUGUGGAGCAGUAAAAGGGGCUAAAUUAUAUAAAAUAAAUAAUGAAGAAAAUAUAGAAAUAUUUAAUAAAUUCUUAACGUUUAUUUUAAAUAGAAAUAAACGAGAAGAAGCAACAAUAAUUAAUGGAAUUGUUAUGAAUAUUUAUACAUCUCAAGUAAUUCAAAAUGAUAAUUCAUGUAAUUUUUUUGAGGAAAUAUUAAAUAAGUUUGGAGUGUUAGAAGAAUAUGCAGAAAUGGAUGAUGUAAUAUUUUAUGAAUAUCAAUGUGGAUUAGCAAUGAUGUUAUUUACAAUGAUUGGAAGAAAUGAAUUAUUUAGAUAUAGAGGAAUUGUUCAACAUAAAUACAUUGAAUUUUUUAAUUUUAUAUUAAAAAGAAAUUCAAUAUUAAAAGAAAUAGUUUCAUAUGAAAAAUUUAUAGAACCAAUAAGAUUAGAUUUAGAGUCAUUACCAUUAUUUAUUCAUAUGUUAAAAAUAUUUAUUCAAUGUGAACAAAUUAAUGAAUGUAAUAAAGUAUUUAAUGAAUUUUGUCAUUCAUUAUUAUUAUUUCAAGGAAGACAAAAAUUAUUAUUACCAAUAAAUCUAUUGGAAUAUUUAUUAAAUCCUUUAUUAAUUCAAUUUAUUAAAAUGCCAUGGUAUUCAAAAUUAAUAUUAAAUUCAAUUAAUGAACCUUUACAUUCAGCAUUAAUUUCUUCAAAUAUAAAAUUAAGAGAAGAAGUAUUUAAAUUAAUAACUCAAAUAGAAUUAAAAGAAAUUACAGAAUCUUUUCUUCAAUUAGCAACAUUUUAUCUUCAUUCAACAACAGAAAAUGGAUUAUUUGAAUAUAUGACAUUUGUUAAUAUUGCAAGUAAAAAUAAUAAUGAAAUAGCAAAAAAAGCUCUUAUAAUUCUUAUAAAUAAUGUGUUUAAUGGAGAGGAAAUACCAAAAGUAAAAGAAGAUUUUUAUAAUGUAGUAAUAUCAUUAAUUUCAUUAUCUUUUGAUGAAGAAUAUAUUCAACUUAUUUUUAAAUUAUUAAGAGUUACAUGGAAAAAUAAAAGCAAUAAAAAAGUAUUUAAUUCUUUUAUUAAUGAAUUUAGUAAUAAAUUAAUAGAAUUAAAACAAUUUUAUAUUCUUAUUAUUAAAGAACUUAUUCAAUCAAUUAGUUCAAGUAGUAUAAAUGAAAUGUAUAAAAUUGAUAAUGUUUCAAUAAUUCAUUAUCCAAAAUUAUUACCAGUUAUUAUUAAUUUCAUGUCUUUAAAAAUAUGUCCGUUAGACCUUUUUUUAUCAAUAGAAAAAUUAUUUAUUUCAUUUAAUUUAAAUUUGUAUUAUGUUUCUAAAUAUUGUAGUUGUCAAAUUAUUAAUUUAAUUACUCAAAAUGAUCAAUCACUUAUUACUGAACAAUUACAACAAUUAUUAGAAAUUAUUUUAUUAUAUUCUUCACCACCUCAAGCUGGAAAACAAUUAACUAAAGCAUUGGAAGAAGGAAAAGGAAAAAAUACAAUUAUUAAAUUAAUAUAUAAAUUAUUAUCAAGUCAAUUACAAAAACCUACAUAUUCAAUUCAUUUUAUUGGAUCACCAUUAAUAUAUUCUCAACCUUUAACAAUACAAUUUAAAUCAACAACAAUUGUUUUUUGUUUUUCAUAUUCAUUAGAAUCUGAAUCAAAACAAUGUAUUUUUAAUUUUAUUGGUGAAGGAAAUUCAUUAACAUUAUAUCUUGAGAAUAAUUCAUUAUUAUUAGUAUUUAAUGAAAAUACUUUAAAUGAAUUAAAAAUUUCAUUUAAUUAUAUUCUUCAUCCAAAAGUAUGGUAUUUAAUAUUUAUUAAUUUUGAAUUAAAAAAUACUCUUCCUAUUAUUCAUUUAAUUAUUUAUAAUAAUUCAAUUAAUCCUUUAUUUGAACAAAAUAUUGAAUAUAAACUUAAAGAUAAUUACUUAAAUAGUAAUAAAAAUUAUAUUGGAACUUCAUUUAAAUCAAAAUUCCCAUUUUAUGGUGAAUUUUCAUUUUUUAGUAUUUAUUCAAUAUGUCUUAAUCCAAUUGAUAUAUUACUUACUCAAACACAAGGAUUUGAUAUUUUAGAACAUUUACAAACAAAUAAAAGAAUAUUUUAUAUUUCACCAUUAAAUAUAGUAAAAGAGAAUAAUAGUAAUAAUGAUAUUACUACUACUAUUACUAAUAAUAAAUAUUUAAUAUUUUAUAAAAAUUCUAAAACAUUACAAACUAUUAGUGGUAAUAAUAUUAAAUUAUGUAUUUGUCAAUCAUUACAAAAUUCAUUACAUCAAUCUAAUUUUCUUCCAAGAUUUUUUUAUUUUGUUAGGUCAUUAGAACGUACUCAAUUUAUAGAUAUAUUUAAAUUAAAUGCAAGAGCAAAUAAUCCAGUAUUUUUAUUAUUAUCUUUUAUAUCAAGAUGUGUUAUUGGUUCACAAGAAAUGAAAGAAGAUUUUAUUAAUAUUAAAGGAGCUUUAUUAUUAGAAUCUAUUAUUUCACAUUCUACUCCAGUUUUUGUUAUUCCUGCAAUAUUUGAUCAAUUUCAAAAAUUAGCAGAAUAUUUUGAAAAAGAUAUUGAAACGUAUGAAAUAUUUCAAUCAAUUUUAUUUGAUUUUAGAUUAUGGACACCAUUUUCUUUUACAUUUCAAAAAUAUGUAUUACAAAAAGUAGUUCAAUUAAUGAAAGGAAGUAAUAGAUAUAUGCAAUAUUUAUCAGAUUUAUUAAUAUUAUAUUUUCAACCAGAAUUUCCAUCUAAUUUAAAACUUCAUACAAAAAUGAUAAGAAAAUUAUCAAUAAAUGAAAUAAAUGAAUUAAGAAAUUUUAUUUGGAAAUCUAUGGGAGAUUGUAUUCAACCAAAUAAACAAACAUUACAACCAUUUAUUAGUACUUUAAAUAUUAUUAAAAAUGAUAAUAUUUUUAUUGAAGGAUUUAUAAUUUUAUUAAAAUCAAUAAAUUAUUCAUCUAAAUGGAUUGAAAUAUUUAUUUCUUAUUUAUGUCAAGAAUUACUUAAUCUUUUAUUUAAAUUUAAAUAUACAAUUAAAGCAUUAAUAUUUGAAUGUAUUGGUAAAUUUUUGGAAUUUGUUGAUUCUAAAUUUCCAUAUUUUCAAAAUAUUUCACAAACAAUUCAAUUGGCUAUUUCAAUUGAAGGUAUUUUUACAUUAGAAGAAUUAAGAGUAUUUCAAAAUUAUCCAAUUAAAAUAACAGAAUUAAUUAAUAUUCAAGAAAUAUAUUUAAAUAUCUUUCAAUAUUCUACAAAUGAAGUUGCUGAUAAAUUAACAAUUUUUUGGAUUUCACAACCAAAAAAUUUAAUUCAAAUUUGUAAUGGAAAAGAAAUAAAUUUUAAAAUAGUAGAAUCAUUAAUUAAUGGAAUUAAAGGUGAUUUUAAAAGAUUAAGAACAAUUGGAUUAUUAUUAAAAAGAAGUUUAACAAAUGAGUCAUUAAGAAAUUAUGAAAAUAUAUCAAAACUUUAUUUAUUAUUUAUUAAAGUUGAUGAAUGUUCAGGAGAAUAUGCAUUAUUACCAGAUUUAUUAUUUAAUAUAAGUAAAGCAUUAGAAGAAAAAAAAAGUGAAAAGGGAUUAAAAGCAUUAGUAAUGUGUACUAAUUUAUUUUUAACAAAACUUCUUCAAACAGACACUCCUAGAGUAUUUACUAUUGAAAGUCUUAUUCCAUUUUUUGAAAAAUAUAAAGAUAAUUCUUACGUUAAAAAAGCUUUAAGAAAAAUGAGAAUUAUUCGUGCAAUUCAAGUAACUGAAAAUACUAAUGAAAUAAUUCAAUUAAAAGAUAAUAAAAAAGAAGUACUUGCUAUGUAUGGAGUAUAUUGUAUGGAUAGAAUUAUGAUAACAAAAGUAUUAGAUGUUAGAGAAAGAUUAGUACAAUUAUUUUUAAAUAUUAGUAAAAUAUUUAAUGAUGAUUUAAUUAAAGAAAUUAAAAAUUAUCAAAAUGGUUCUGAAAAUGAAAGAGAAGAAAUGAUUGAUUUAUUAAUAAAUGGAAAAAGUAAUCAUUUAGAAGAAAUUAUUAAUGGAGUUAUAUUUUCAAAAGUAAGAAGAAUUCUUAGUGGGUAUGCAUCAAAUAUUUUAUUAGAUGAUGAAGAGUAUCAUGCUAUUUGUAAUGAUGAAAUUAAUUUAAUUGUUGGAAAGAAAAAAGAAAAUAAAGAAAAUCUUCUUUGUGGAUUUAUUGGUAAUGAAGUUAGAAAUAAUUGUGAAGAAAAAAGAAUUGAAGAAUUAAAAGAAAAAUUAAAUAAAGAAAUAGAAUUAUUAGAUAGAAAAUAUAAAAAAUUUGAUGGAAAAAUGAUGAAUGAAAUAAAUGGAAUACCAAAAUAUUGGCAAAUUGAAUCAAUUGAAAUUGAUGGAAUGAAAGGAAAUUUUAAAGGAAAUGAAAUGAUUGAUUUACAUAAAGAAGCACUUGUUUAUUCUAGUGAAAGAAAAGAUAAAGAAAUAGAAAUGGAUAAUGAAUCAUUUAUAAUUAAAAAAAUGAAUUCACAUAAUGUAUUUAUUGAACAAUAUUGUGAUAAAGAAGAAAUUAAUUAUUCACAACAAAUUAUAUUUGAAAUGAAUUGUGAAUUAAUUACUGAAAAAGCAUUUAUGAAAAUAAAAGAUUUUCAAAAACCAUGGACAUUAAAUGGAAUGAUUAAAGUAAUUGAUAAUAUAUUAAUAUUUAAUGAAAAUAAUAAUAACAAUAAUACUACGACUAAACCAAUUAUUAAAAAAUAUAAUAUUAAUAAUAUUGAAGAAAUACUUCCAAGAAGAUAUUUAAUGAAAUAUGAAGGAAUAGAAAUAUUUUUUAUGAAUGGAAAAUCAAUGUAUAUUAUAUUUAAUAAUAAAAAAAAUAUGAUUAAAGUCUUUGCUUUAUUAAGAAAAAUUAGUGGAUUAAAUGAAUUUAAUUUAAAUAAUUUAAUUCAACAAUCAUUAAAAAAAUGGCAAAAUGGAGAAAUAAGUAAUUUUGAAUAUUUAAUGUUAUUAAAUAGAUAUUCAAGUAGAUCUUAUCAUGAUUUAACUCAAUACCCAAUAUUUCCAUGGAUUUUAAAAGAUUAUAAAUCUACAUCAUUAAAUUUAAAUGAUGAAAAUAUUUAUAGAGAUCUUUCAUUACCAAUUCCUUGUAUUAAUCCUGAACGUUUUAAAGUUGAUCAAGAAAAAUUUAAUCAAUUAUUUGGUGAAAAUGGUAUUCAAAAAGAUCAAAUACCUUAUUAUUAUACUACAUUUUAUUCUGCUUGUGAUUAUGUUUUUUUCUUUUUAAUUAGAUGUGAACCUUAUACAACUAUGUUUAUUAAAAUGAAUAAUGGUCAUUUUGAUAGACCUGAAAGAAUGUUUUAUUCAAUUGAACAUUCUUGGAAAACAUGUAUGUCAAGUACUCAAUGUAAUAUUGAAUUAAUUCCAGAAUUUUAUUAUUUACCAGAAUUUUUAAUAAAUGAAAAUCAUUUUAAUUUUGGUAUUUUACCUGAUACAAAACAACAAGUAGAUGAUGUCUCUUUACCUCAAUGGGCAAAAACUCCUGAAGAAUUUAUUUCAUUACAUAGAUUGGCAUUAGAAUCACCAUAUGUUAGUUCACAUCUUCAUCAAUGGAUUGAUCUUAUUUUUGGAUAUAAAUCUACUGGAAAUGAAGCAUUAAAUGCUAAAAAUUUAUAUUAUCCAACUGCAUAUGAAGAUAAUUAUGAUCCAAAUCAAAUGGACAAAAAUGAAUUAGAAUUAUUUUUACAAAGACAUAUGUUUGGUGGACAAGUUCCAGUUCAAUUAUUUAAUAAACCACAUCCACCAAGAAUGUUUAUUCAAUCAAAUACAAUAAAUCAAAUAAUUGAUAAAUUAGAUAUUGGUAAAAUCAUUGAAAGUAUUCAAAUAAACAAUGAUGAUAUAAUGGUAAUUGGAGAUAAAGGAAUAUUUAAAAUAAGUAUAGAUACUAAUAAUCAUCUUAAAAUAAAUGGAAAUAUACAAAUUAAUAAACCAAAUUAUAUUCAUAUUGAAAGAAAUAAAUGUUGUUUUACUUCAGAUGGUAAAUAUUUAUUUAUUGCAUCAAAAGAAGAUAAUAAUAUUCAUGUAUAUCAAAUUGAUAAUGGAAAAGAAGUGUUGUGUUUAAAAUUACAUUUAAAUACAAUAAGUUAUUUGUCUAUUAUAAGAAAUAAAAAAUAUGAUUAUUUAAUUACUGGAUCAAAAGAUUCUUCUUUGUUUAUUACUAAAAUUAAUUCUAAAACUCCUUUAUCUUUAGGUAAAAUUAAAAUUAUUACAAGUCAUGAAGGAGAAAUAAUAUUAAGUAAAUAUGAUAUUCAUAAUGAUUUACUUGCUACUAUAUGUAAAAAAGGUAUUAUUACGCUUACUAGAUUAAGUUCAAUGAAAAUAGUUUUAAAAUUUAAUGUUGACAAUCAAAUUAAUGAUUUAACAUUUUGUGAUAAUAAACUAUUUAUUGUAACAACAACUAAUUUACUUUGUUAUUCAUUAAAAGGUAAAUUAUUAUCUGAAAUUGAAGAAACAUGUGAUUUUAUUCUUCCUUUAUUUAAUAGUUCAAAUAUUUGUUGUAUUUCUGAUGAUUUAAUUACUUUUCAUAAUUCAUAUAAUUUAUCUCAGUGGAGUUCAAAUGAAGAAGUAUUAAUAAAUGAAAAAAUAUGUUCAUUAUUUAUAACUAAUCAUUCUAUUUGGAUUUAUACAAUAUCUGGUAAUAUUGUUAGAUUAAUACAAAAACAACCAAUUACUCUUUAA